UUAUGUGAGUGUGUGAUUUGUGAUUAAAUAACUGAGAAAAACGUCUGUAAUUACUCUCUUAAUAAUUUAAUUACAAUGACAUUCAUAAACAGAGACUCAAAUUUUAAAAAUUAAAAAAAAAAUUGAAACCAAUUUCUCUACAAAACGGAAAUAAAUAAAAAUGAAAUAAAAACUCGGGUAAUUUAACCUCGAAAUUUAAAUAAAAAUAAUAAUUAAAAGUGUUUGGUUUCAAUAAUUAAAUUUUGAAAAUCGAUUCAAAAUGAAUCGAAUUAAUAAAAUAAUUAAUUUCAAUAAAUCAAAAAAUUUAAUUUAUAAAAUUCAAUUAUUUAAUAAUAAUAAUAAUAAAUUAUCUAGUGAUGUAAUUUCUACUCUAUCUACUGACGUCUCAAAUUUAAAUUCAAACGCGGGAAAUUUAAAUUUGGAUUCAAAGGCGGGAAAUUUAAAUUUAAAAUUAAAAGCGGCAAAUUCAAAUAAUUUUAAUUUAGAUGACGGAAAUUUAAAUUUAGAAACCGGAAGUUCAAAUUUACAAACCGGAAAUUCAAAUUUUGAAUCUGAAAAUUUAAAUUUUAGUGAGCGGGAAAAUUCAAAUGAAUUACAAAAUUUAAAUUCAGAAACUGGAAGUUCUAAUUUUGAGACCGGAAGUUCAAAAAUGCAAACCGGAAAUUCAAAUUUUGAGUCUAAAAAUUUAAAUAAAAAAUCGCGGGAAAAUUUAAAUUUAAAUAAAACUAAAAAAAAUUUUCAAAAACGUGACGUAUCAUCAGGGCCAGAUUUAGCAGAUUUUAUACUUUCGAAUAUAACAAUAAAAACAAAGCCUAUAAAAAUAGAUGACCAUCCAUAUUUGAAACCAAUAAAAGUGCGCGCGCAAAAAGUAUAUUUUGACGUUUACGGCUGUCAGAUGAACGUCAGCGACACCGAGAUAAUUUACUCGGUACUAAAAACAGCCGGUUACUGCCGUACGAUGGAAUUAGAAGAAGCGGACGUAAUACUGGUAGUGACCUGCGCAAUAAGAGAGGGCGCUGAGCAAAAGAUAUGGGGCCGGCUGGCGUCGCUCAAUGACUUGAGACGUCGGCGGCAAAAGAUGGGCGCCCAGGUCCCAGUGAGAAUCGGACUCCUGGGCUGCAUGGCGGAGAGAUUGAAAACCAAAAUACUAGAGGAGAGCAAAUAUGUCGAUUUGGUCGCCGGCCCUGAUGCAUAUCGAGACCUACCUCGUCUUCUAUCGAUUACGGAAUCGAACCAGACUGCGAUUAAUGUCACGCUGAGCUUCGAUGAAACUUACGCGGACAUUAAUCCCGUGAGACUUAACGAGGACUCGAAGUCAGCUUUCGUCACGAUAAUGCGAGGGUGCGACAAUAUGUGCACGUACUGCAUCGUUCCUUUUGUAAGAGGAAGGGAGAGAUCGAGACCAAUCAAGAGUAUUCUGGACGAGGUCCGACAUCUCGCGGACAAAGGGAUCAGAGAAGUGACGCUACUGGGCCAGAAUGUUAAUAGCUAUCGCGAUUUGUCUGAGGUCACGGUCGCGAUGGGAGAGAAUGUCAAAAGAGAGACUGAAAUGGCCAAGGGAUUUAAAACAGUUUAUAAAACGAAGCUCGGGGGCAAGAGAUUCGCGGAUUUGCUGGAAAAAGUCGCUGAUAUCGAUCCCGAGAUGAGGAUUAGGUUCACAUCGCCACACCCUAAAGAUUUUCCAGAUGAAGUACUGGAAUUGAUAUCAUCGAAGCCUAAUAUUUGUAAGCAAAUUCACUUGCCUGCGCAGUCGGGAAAUUCAGAGGUAUUAGAACGCAUGAGACGCGGCUACACACGUGAAUCAUAUUUGGAACUUGUUCAACACAUUCGUGAUAUUAUACCGGAUAUUAAACUAUCUAGUGACUUCAUCGCGGGCUUCUGUGGAGAAACUGAUGAAGAGUUUGAGGAUACUAUCACAUUAAUCGAGACAGUCCAAUAUCACAUGGCUUAUUUAUUUCAAUAUAGUAUGAGAGAGAAAACAACAGCACACAGACGUUUUAAAGAUGACGUACCACCGGAAGUUAAGCUCGCGAGACUACAACGGAUGGCCAGUUUAUUCCGGACUCAAGCUGAGAAAUUAAACAGCUUUCAAGUUGGAACGCGACAGCUUGUUUUGAUCGAAGGACGAAGUCGGCGAUCAGAUUCAGUCCUCCAGGGUCGGACGGACGGCAACACGCGUGUCCUGGUGCCUAAGCUCUCUAUUCCUGACCAAGCGGCGAAUCAAUCGCGAGAAAUAAAAUCGGGUGACUACAUUGCGGUCCAAAUCAGCGAAUCGAAUUCAAAUUCACUGACCGGCGUUCCUCUUUACCAUUCGUCCAUUGCAGAGUUUGAGAACAGAAAUAACAAUAAUCAUAGUAAUAGUGACCAAUUUGAACAUACGGAUUACUUGUAAAAUGUAAAUAGAAAAGAAAGUGUAAAUAAUUAAUAAAAAUCAUUAAAG